AGCGGGAGUCGGGCGGUUCGUUUGCGGGGUGGGGAAGGAUCUGGAGCCCCGCGUCGGGCAGAGCGACCUCGGGCCCCGGGGGCGACGCACCGGCUUCGAGGGGCAUAUCCCGUCCGGGAGGCGGAGGGCGUCGCACUGAUGGUGUCCCUCGGCUCGAGCCCGGGAGGAGCCGGGCGGGGGGCGUCUUGGGGCAAACGCCGGGAGCCGCGGGCCGGCGGGAGGGGGCGGCGGCCACCACACAAGAGGCUCCUCCCAUGGUGACCACACUGGCUGCUUUCAUUUCCUCUCGUGACAGGUGCUCGGUUGGUCUGUCCUGUCACAGCGAGGUGGCUUCCUGCCUGGCCCGGCGCCAUGCACACGCUUGUGUUCCUGAGCACGCGGCAGGUGCUCCAGUGUCAGCCAGCUGCCUGCCAGGCCCUACCCCUGCUGCCUCGAGAGCUCUUCCCCCUGCUGUUCAAGGUGGCCUUCAUGGACAAGAAGACUGUUGUGCUUCGCGAGCUGGUGCACACAUGGCCCUUCCCGCUGCUCAGCUUCCAGCAGCUGCUGCAGGAAUGUGCUCACUGCAGCCGGGCCUUGCUGCAAGAGCGCCCCAGCACAGAGAGCAUGCAGGCUGUGAUCCUGGGGCUGACAGCCCGGCUCCACACCCCAGAGACCGAGGCUGGCACACAGCCUCUCUGCAGCCUACCCGUGCUCCCAGGAAGCAUGCCCUGCGGGUGCUGGACAUGACGGGCCUACUGGAUGACGGCGUGGAGCAGGACCCUGGCACCAUGAGCAUGUGGGACUGCACAGCAGCUGUGGCCCGCACCUGCAUAGCACAGCAGCAGGGCGGGACCGCGGAUCCUGGGCCAGCCCCCAUUCCUGUGGAGGUUCGUGUGGACCUGCGGGUGAACCGGGCCUCUUACUCGUUCCUGCGGGAGGCACUCCGGAGCAGUGUGGGCAGUCCCCUGCGGCUCUGCUGCCGGGACCUGCGGGCUGAGGACCUGCCCAUGCGCAACACUGUGGCUUUGCUGCAGCUGCUGGAUGCGGGCUGCCUGCGCCGUGUGGACCUGCGCUUUAACAACUUGGGCCUGCGUGGCCUGUCUGUUAUCAUCCCACAUGUGGCCCGAUUCCAGCACCUGGCCAGCCUGCGGCUGCACUAUGUGCAUGGGGACUCGAGGCAGCCCUCUGUGGAUGGCGAGGACAACUUUCGCUACUUCCUGGCCCAGAUGGGCCGCUUCACUUGUCUGCGGGAACUCAGCAUGGGCUCCUCUCUUCUCUCGGGGCGGCUGGACCAGCUGCUCAGCACCCUGCAGAGUCCCUUGGAGAGCCUGGAGCUGGCCUUCUGUGCCCUGCUGCCCGAGGAUCUGCGCUUCCUGGCACGGAGCCCCCAUGCUGUCCACCUCAAGAAGUUGGACCUUAGUGGCAACGACCUGUCCGGCAGCCAGCUGGAGCCUUUCCAGGGUCUGCUGCAGGCAGCAGCAGCCACACUGCUACACCUCGAGCUGACUGAGUGCCAGCUUGCUGAUACCCAGCUGCUGGCCACGCUCCCUGUGUUGACGCGCUGUACCAGCCUCCGCUACCUCGGUCUCUAUGGCAACCCACUGUCCAUGGCGGGCCUCAAGGAGCUCCUACGGGAUUCGGUAGUGCAGGCUGAGCUACGCACGGUGGUGCACCCCUUCCCUGUGGACUGCUAUGAGGGUUUGCCCUGGCCACCGCCUGCCUCUGUCCUGCUGGAAGCUUCCAUCAAUGAGGAGAAGUUUGCUCGUGUGGAGGCGGAGUUGCACCAGCUGCUACUGGCCUCAGGUCGUGCUCAUGUGCUCUGGACCACUGACAUUUAUGGGCGCCUGGCCGCAGACUACUUCAGCCUAUGACCUCUAGGCUGUCCUGGUGUUCAGGGCUGCUGGAGACCCCUCCCUGCCUUAGGUAGACAGAGCCUUUGCUGGGACCCUGUUGGAGGCCUGACACGGAGUCACUGGUCUCUGGUUUCCUUGCUCUUGGGCUCUCGCAGCCUUCCGAUGCUUGGUGGAGCACCUUGCGAGGUUUUGCCCUGUACCUGUUCCCCUGACUGGCUGACUGCGGGCUUAAGGGCUGGAUUCCAGGCCUGUUAAGGCCAGGCUUGGUUUGGGUGCACUUGGCUGCCCUCUGGUGUCCUGGUCCUCUCUUUGGAAUGUUUCUGGGGUCCCAGCUGUGAGCUGAGAGAGGGUGUUCUGUCUGGGCCCUUCCCAAGAACAGACUGCUCUGGGGUUGAAGCUGGAACAGGGACCUGCUUCAAGGUGGGUUGGGUCCCCACGCACUGGAGCCUUUCAUGGUUCUCUCUGCCCUGGCACCCGGGAGACAACCUGGCUGGGCUUUGGAGCCAGCGGGUGUCAUUAAGGUACAAAUGUGCAGUGUGUUUGGAACUUAAA